AUGGGGUGGUAUAAUGCUGCAGUUGGCAAUCCCUUCAAGCUUCCUUAUGUUGAUGACACAUUAUGUGCUGUUGUCAUCAGUAAGCCUGACAUGUUUGAGAAAAGUGUGAAGCCCUUCAUUUUCAAAAGCUUGAAAGAACAUGGAAACUAUCCCUCACACCUCAAGGAUCCCAUUGAUGAGUCAACAAGGCAGAAUCUCCACCAUGUGACCUCUGAACUUGAUAUUGAAGUGGAGAUUAUUCAAGACUUUCAGCUGACUCCAACUCGCCGUCCCCGUGUCCUGGUUCAGACUGCUGGUCAUGUCUCUGGUGCAGUCCGUUAUUAUCAGCGUUGUGACAUCCUGGAUGAUCCUUGGGACCCUCUGAAAAAAGUAUCUGGAGUCUGUAUUCAUCCCCGCUAUGGGGGAUGGUUUGCAUUACGGGCAAUCAUAAUUUUCCCCAUGUUGUGUCCUGAUCUGAAACGGAAAGUUCCAGAUGAUGUAAUACCCAAUCAGGAGGAUCGCAUCAGGCUUCUUGAGCUUUUCAACUGGCACUGGCGGGACUGGAGGUACCGUGAUGUCAUCCCAGUUCAGGAACGGUACUCAGAGGAACAGAAGACUUACCUUGCCACAAAGCCUUCUGAAAGAUUUCAUAUGCUCAAUAAUUAUAAACCUUAUGUCAAUCAAAUCUGUGCUAGUUAG